AUGUCCGGCGCUUGGAAAUGGCUGUUGAUGAGCUUACCAACGGGCUGCUAUUUCAACAUUUACAGUUUCAGGACAAGAUAUGAACACAUCUUCCCUAAAAAUGUGGAGUACAGCCAGCAGACCAUGGAGGGGGUUCUGAAGAAAGUUGAGCAGAUGGAGGCUGAUCUUGGAAGAACAGAGAUCCUGGAGUCCUGCAAACAUUUUUAUAGCCAGCCCUGCAUUCCCAGUCGGCCGAGACAGCUGUUUGUCUUUACUGAUGGAGAGGUGGGGAACACCAAAGAAGUGAUCGAUCUGGUGAAGAAGAAUUCAGGUUCUCACAGGUGUUUCUCUUUUGGGAUUGGGGAAGGGGCCAGCUCUGCUCUCAUCAAUGGGAUGGCCAAGGAAGGAGGUGGUCACGCUCAGUUCACCACAGGGACUGACAGGAUGCAACCAAAAGUGAUGCAGUCGCUGCGAUUUGCUCUGCAGCCAGCUGUGGUCGACAUCUCAGUCACAUGGGAUUUACCAAAGGAAGUGUCCGUCACUGUCCUCUCUCCACCAAUCACAACACUUUCCCAGGGUCAGAGGUCACUGAUUUAUUUCCAGCUCACUGGACAAGUGGGAGCAUCAGCCUUUGGCAGUUAUUCUGUAGUCUAUCCGUUAGCUGAACGUCAGAUACAGGAGGAACAAUGCAGUUUUCGUCCUGAAGAAGACUGCGGACUAACAGUCCACAGGUUGGGUGCUCGGACUCUGAUUCACUCUCUAGAGAUGGAAGCGAGAGAUCGCCGAGGUCAGCAAGAUGGAGGAGUGAAGGAGAAGGUGGUGCAGCUCAGUGUCCAAUCAGAAGUGAACAGUUCUUUCACUGCCUUUAUUGCUGUCAACAAAGAAAACAGCAAAGUGAUUCAAGGACCUCUUGUGUGCAGAAAUAUUCCAACAGCCUGUGCCCUCCCCAUUUUAAAGAGUUUAGGACCAUGUACUAUGUGGGACUUCUUGGUUGAGCCAGUUGAAUCAGGACUCUGCUUUGGAGGAGGACUUGUACAAAACAAAGCUGCUGUGCCUGAGCAGCCACCCAGAGACCCUUUGCUGCAGUUAGUCUCCCUCCAGAAGGCGUCUGGCUGCUGGCUGCUUGAUCCAGCUCUGACUGCUGCACUGGGAAAGACCAACGAGGAGGUGGAAAAGUCAAAGCCUGAAAAGGCCAGCAGUGAAGUGUGGGCCACCAUUCUGGCUCUGAUCUGGCUUCAUGGUUUCAAGAUGGAAGCCAAGGACGAGUGGCUUCUGGCUGUGAAGGCUGCCUCAUGGCUCCGUGCUCAGAAUGCACCGUGUGUGUCAGAGUGUGUGGAUGCUGGAAAUGUCCUGCUGGGUUGCAGCGUGAAGAAAGAAGCUCUGGGACUCUGAGGGAUUUCUUCAAGUAGCUUCAUCUUCAGAGUGAACAGAAGCAGGUCUACUUACUCCACACUGCCUUUGAUACAGAGCUGUUUUAUAUCAUCAACCCCUUUUACAUGUUUAUUUGUUAUGAAUUAUGUACCUAAUUUUGGUUUUACCAUUGUGGAAAAAAA